ACCGUUUCAUUCCAUCGUGUGCCGUCGGAAGCUGUCUUCCAUGUAAAAAUUCUCUUCCCGUGUGUGGUUUUGCCGUUGUCCCAGCAGCAAUCUCCCGUUUCCCUGCAAGUAGCAGCAAUCGGACAAAGAUUGCCGGUAGCACACGUUGUGAUCGCUCAGCAGCGUACAUAGGAAAUUAGAGACAGCGCCCAAACAUGACGACCGGUGCCAAGACGGAAUCCGCGUCGGAGUGCGAGGUGCCCGACUUUGUCGAUGCGCCCGGCUACCUGGACCCGUUCUCGCGCCGCUACAUGAUGAAACAGUUCAUCCAGUCGCUGCCGGAAGCGGCCCAGCAGCGGGUGAACGCGCUGAAGCAUCUGCAGGUCGAGUACACCAAGCUGGAGGCGAAGUUCUUCGAAGAGGUGUACCAGCUGGAGUGUAAAUAUCAGCAGCUCUACCAGCCGAUCGUCGACCGGCGAAAGGAGAUCGUGUCCGGCAAGGCCGACCCGACGCCGGAGGAGGCGGCCUGGGUGGAUCCACCGCGCAAGAAGGAGGACGGCGAGGACGAGGAGGAGCAGGAGGAGGAGGACGACGAGAUUAACGAGAAGCUGAAGAAGAUGGCGCUCAACUACCACAAGGAGCUGCCGGCGAACGGGCAGGGCAUCCCGAACUUCUGGCUGAUGGUGUUCAAGAACACGGAAGCGCUGGCCGAGCUGGUGCAUCCGCACGACGAGCCGGUGCUGGAGUACCUGCGCAACCUGAACAUCGUGUACGAGAAGGAGCCGAUGUCGUACGUGAUCGAGUUCCACUUCGACCCGAACCCGUACUUCAAGGACACGGUGCUGACGAAGAAGUACUUCCUGCGCUGCAACAUCGACAAGGACGAGCCGUUCAGCUUCGAGGGGCCGGAAAUUUUCAAGUGCACCGGCUGCCCGAUCAACUGGAACGCGGGCAAGAACGUGACGGUGAAAACGAUCAAGAAGCAGCAGAAGCACAAACAGCGCAACGCCACGCGCAUGGUGAUGAAGACGCAGCCGACGGAAUCGUUCUUUAACUUCUUCUCGCCGCCCCGCGUCCAGGAGGACGACACGAUAGACCCGGAAACGCAGUUCCUGAUCGGGCGCGACUUCGAGGUCGGACACUUCCUGCGCGCCCGCAUCAUCCCGAAGGCCGUCCUGUACUACACCGGCGAGGUGGUGGACGAUGACGACGACGAGGAUGAUGAGGAGGAGGAGGAGGAAGAGGAGGACGACGACGAGGACAUGGAUGAUGGGGACGAUGAGGAGGACGAGGAGGAUGACGAUGACGAUGAGGAGGAGGAAAGUGCGCCGAAGCCACCGGCGGCGGCAAGCAAUCGGGCGAAGAAGGCGAAGGGUGGCCGUGGAGCUGGGGGCGGCGGCGGCAAAAAGGGCGAGCAGCCUCCGGAAUGUAAUCAGCAGUGAGGAGGAGAAGAAGAAGGAGGCGGAGCGGUGAUAAGAAGAGAGAAGGCAGGAAGGGUGUAGAGUGUGUGUGUGUGGGGUCAAUUCAUGGAUAGCAAGAACAACCUACACCAAUUUUAGCCGCGCGAUCCGUCGUCAUCAUCGUCCUGUCUGAAACGUGCUGCUCCUCCAUCAUAAACACAAUUUAUGUUUGUUUCUGUGUGUCGUGUACUUUAGGAGCGUUGACGUUCUCGUUGCACACCCCGCCAACAUCUGGGUGCACUCAGUUAAGCGAUCUUUCUUGAUUGAAAGCGAAAAACACACACACACAUACACGCACACAGAGGUCAAAACUCGUUGUAGCCGUAGCAAAAUCCAACAUCAUCGCAUACACAAACAGGGAAAAUCGGAAGGCCAAGUCUUCAGGAAGCAGUGUGGCAGUUAGUACUGACUAAAAAAGGGAUAGGGAAAACGUUUAGAAAGCGAAGUGCAGGAUAUUAGGGGGGCAAGAAGAAGCAGAGCCAGGCGUGUUUUGACGAGGGAGAGAGAAGGAACGUGGUUGAACGAGCGAAAAUGAUUAACAGCAAAAUUCUGUCGUAAUUCCGCAACGGGCAUGCAUAGAUACCUUGGUCGGAAAAGAAUCUUGUAUUCCUGAUAAUCGACAUACUCUAGCGAUGCUAAGUUUCAUUCGAAGUUAAGUUGUCUAUUACACACCGUGCUACACACUACAUCAUCAUAUACGCUAUACAUACACAACAAAACUCUAAACUACAACACACAACUCCAUACUUAGUAGCGAUGCGCACACCUCCGCGCGUGUUGUUCGCGGCCACGAAACGACGAUGCUAAUGCUGUGGCCAAGAGCGCCAUCCUCCAGGAGCGAGAAGGAGGAACGUGUGGAAUGUGUGUGUGUGUGUGUGUUUCGCGUACUUUGAAUUCCAUUUGUUAAACCUAUAUCGAAGCAGAAGGCAGUUGUAUCUGUCGUAGAGAAGAAAAAAAAAGGCAAACGCUUUUGCUCUCGCCUUUCCACUACUGUAACAGCAACAGAAAACAAAACAAACGGAACCGACUCGAACCAGCCAGGAUUACACUACACGAAAGGAAAAGAACAACCUAUACAUUAAUAAAAAACUUGUAUUUAUGUUAUCGGGAUAACCACCAACAUGGUACUAUUUGUAAUAAUCUGGAAUCGCGUCACUGCUGUUUUAUUCCGCCAAGCUCUCGUCGCUCUGCGUCGGCGAUGGUAUGGUGAACUUCACGUGCAAACACGUGGUGUCAGGGGGGAUUUUAAUUAGGAAUUUCAUUUCGAAUGACUCUUCCUUACUUUAACGACAAAAGUGUGCUUUUAUUUUAACUGAAAAUGGCGAUAACUAGAACUGUUACGCAGCAGUUAAGUUUGGCAGAGAGUUAGUGAAAAAGGUUUUAUCGAAAAGGAAGAAAAUCGGUGGUGUUUUAAUUUGUGAAACCCCACCACCUUUCCAAUUGAACAUGAAGGUGUUGUGUAAUCGAAGCUAAAAAUGCGUGAAACAUGUUAACUGGUUAGAGAACUAUGAUAAUUAAAUACGAUUGGUGGCGACGCUGGCGAGCUUUUAACUGAAGAAAUGUGAUCGAACAUUGAGUUUCACUAACGCUCGUUUAAUGUUGGAAGUUUUUAUGCUUUUUGGUUGGUUUGUGGGGGAAUUACAAUCGCGCUCUGCAGUAUUUUCCGGCAACGGCUCAAAUCCUUCCUGCUUUUAUAAUAAAGUAUGUGAAACAAUA